AUUUGGGGGGGAAAAAAAGUUUUGAGAAGUUAAGUUUUAAAUUGAAAAUUUAGGGUUUUUAAUUGGGGGUUUUGAUCGAAAAAUUAUGAUUUUGUUGCCAUUGACAAUUUUUCAGGUAAUUUUGAUUUUUGCUUCUAAUGGCUCCUAUUUUACUUUGACCAUUCUUUUUGUUCAAGAUUUUUGCUAGGUUUUUGUUGGAUAGAAAAUUCGUAUCAGAUCAUACGUCUUUUUAUUUAAAUUAAGGAACAUCACGGGAUUCACAUGGCUUUCUAGUUUUUGAGCAAUAUAAAUAAAUUACGAAUUGAGUCAGCAGAUCCUACAGAAGAUGCUCCUGAAAUGCAUCAUGUGGAAGGGGCAUUUGUUGAAACAUUAUUACCAAAGGCUAAAUCUCCACCUCAAGAUGCUUUACUAAAACUGGAAACAGAGCAAACUUUCACUGAACUAUCUCAAGAGAGCUCCAUGUUUGUUUUUAAGCUGGGUUUAGUUAAGCUCCAAUGCUGCCUCUUGAUGAAUGGGCUUGUUGUUGAUGCUAAUGAGUGAUUACACAAGGGUAGUUCCAACAGGAGCGGAAAUUUGUUGAGCAAAUUUCACUUUUCUUGAAACUAGUCAUUUGUUUUUCAUUCAAAAUCAUGGCGAGCGACGCUUCUGAAAGUAUCACUUUGAAGAUCCUUGUGGAGAAAGAGAAAAACCGAGUUGUUUUUGCUGAGUCAAAUGAGGAUUUUGUCGACAUUAUAUUCAGCUUCAUGACAUUACCUAUUGGAACUAUUGUUGAACUCCUUCGUGAGCACUUAUUAAAGGGGGAGAUUGGUUGCUUGAACAACUUAUAUGAAAGUGUCGAAAAUCUUGAUGAGAAAUAUCUAAGAAGUGAGCACAAGGAGAUGCUACUUCAUCCUCGAAGUGCAGCUGAAAUAUACCAUAGGAACCUAAAACUAAAUUUGAUUGAAAGCAAUAGCAGGAGCAAAUAUUAUGUUUGUCGCAAUUUUGAUUGUAAUGUUCUCAACUAUUACCAAACUUCAUGUUGCCGCUGUGGAAUACCCUUAAAACUUGAGGUAAAUCUGUCAAAUCCGGUUUCUCAAGAUGGAGGGGUGUUUGUAAAACCAACUGCCCGCUUUAUGAUAUCGGAUGACUUUAAAGUAUUGCCUCUGUCCACCAUGGCUGGCUUAUCUUUGCUCAGCAAUUUCGGAACAAUGGAUGAUAGCAAAAUAGAGGAGAGAACAGUGAACCUAGGAAAGAAAGAGGUUCUGAAAUUGCUGAAGUGUUCAUUAACAUCAAGGACACCCCUGUCUGACACCAUUAUGGAACCACCCAUCAGUAAGACUAGUUUAACGGUUCGCCGUGGAAAAUAUGGACCGAGGAGUACACGUCGAUCUCAAAGAAUUAAGGACACCGAAAAUGUGGAUACAAAGAUAGACUUGAAGCUUAUCAUCAACAAAUCUAACAAUAGGGCAUUGUAUGCAGAAGUUGAAGAAAAUUUUGUUGAUGUCCUAUGUAGUUUCCUUGCAUUUCCAAUCGGUUAUGUCUUUAAAGAGUUUUCGUCUUUGUCCUUCAAGGGAUGCAUGGGUAACUUAUUCAAGAGCAUCCAAGAUACCAACAUCAAUAAGUUUUUCAAAUCUGAGGAGAUGAAGGGUAUUGUAGUCAAUCCAAAAGUAGCCCCAGGUCUUGCUGGUGGCAACAAACUAGUUGGCAUUGAGGAAGCUUUUAACCCGUCAUUCUCAACUCUUUCUUCCUUGUUUACAACGAAAUGCUUUGAUUUGAAUUCAAACUCCCUUAUCAAGGAAGCAAAAAUUGGCGGUGGAUUUAUGAAGGGGCCAUCCAUGUUCAUGGUGACAGAUAAUUUGUCCAUAACACCUUUAUCUCCGAUCUCAGGCAUAUCUCUUAUCAACAGAUUAAAGGUACCCCUCAGUGACGUUGAGGAAUUGGAGGUGACCAUGGGUGAGGAGGAGACUUUGCGUCUAUUGGUGGCUUCUUUGGUAUCAAGAUCAGCUUUGACAGAUGCUUUCAUUAUUAAGGAGACGAAGCAAGAACCAUUAGGUAACAUCUUCAUCUCUAUGCUUGAAGAAAGGAAGAAACUCUAAUGAUGCUGAAAUGAUCCCUACAUGAUGUGAGUUUUGUGAAAGCUUGGAGCAUGUUUGAAAACCCAAUUUGCUGUGUGUUGUUGUGACCUUGUAUAUGUGUAAUGGAUGUAAUCUUGUUUUGCAUCUUUGACGAUCACUGUUGUUUAUUUGAGGUCUAAGGAUGUUAAGACUUGUGUUUACGUAUCUAAUGUGGUGCCAUAAAUAUUUGUAUAUAUUUGCUCUGAUGGAGGGUUGUGAUCGGACAAUUUGUAUUUCUUUUAUUAUAUAAUUAUGACUAUUGCCCACAGCUCAA